AUAAGUUCCAAAAUCUACAUGUUAUCGUAAAUCAGAGGCACAUCGGAAUUGUUUUGGAAACUUUUCUGAAUUGUCGAUAUUGCUGAAUAAUAAAUAUUUGCCGCUUUUCCUUCAAUUUUGGGAUUAAUUUCUCAGUAAAUAUAUAUACGUAUUUAACUGACAAUAUGGUUAUUACCAAUGAUAUCACAUUGCCCUCUGAUGAAGAAUUGACAGUGCAAGAGUUGAAUUUGUCCACCUCUGCCCUUCGAGCUGGUGCAUUUCAUUUAGGCAAAAGUUGUGAAAAUCAAAAUAAUGAGUUUAUGCUAUGUCGUCAAGAGUUGGAUGACCCUCGUGCUUGCAUCAACGAAGGGAAAGCAGUAACCAGCUGUGCUUUGGAUUUCUUCCGAAAAGUGAAAAAGACAUGCCAUGAGGAGUUCCUGCAAUAUGCAACUUGUUUAGAUAAAAGCAGUGGCAAUAUGGCUUUUGGACACUGUCGCAAAACCCAAGGCGUUUUUGAUAAAUGCGUAUCUGAUAAUUUAGGCAUUGAUCGUCCUGAAUAUGGGUACUUUACUCGAGCGAAGAUUCACUCAACUGAACGUGAAGCUCCUGCUAAAGCCAUAAAGAAGGAAUAUCCUGAUGCUACACCUGGUUUACCAGAUGAUUACCCAAAACAUCCAGCCAAAUAUGGAUCCCGUUUCCAUUGGCUGGAAUAAACUAUAUUCACUUUUACAUAUUAGUGCGUCAGUCCCUAGUAAAAGUACAGUGUGUAAAUAGUGAAUUGUCAAUGUUAUGGAUAUAUGAUUGUUACUGAGAAUCCAUAAAAAAUAAUUCAGAUAUGAGAUAAAUAGAAUUCAAUAAUUAAUUAACAUACACACUUUACUAUGUAA